UAAAAAGUGAGGAAGAGUGCUUUUUUAUUUUAAGCCAAAAAAAUAUGCCACUUUUUUUCUUUGCUUUUCUCAAAUGUAAAGUAAUUAAAUUUCUCAAUGAUUCAUAUUUCAUUUUGCAGAAGAAUGCAAAUGAUGACAAUAAGAGCAAUAGAUUAUGAAUCUAAGGAAGGAGAAAAUACCUUGAUGAGAACAAUGAGUUUCAAAAGUGAAAGAAAAUUAGAUGAUUUAUAUAAUCAAGAAGAAUUAGAUGAAGGUAUUGUUGAAGAAUCUACAUGUUCAAAGAGGAGGAAAGUUGGAAAUUUGAAGCUGCAAACUUCAUUCUCAUUCAAAUAUUUAGUUACAGAGAACUCUGCUUCAAAAGAAACUUUUGUUGAUGAUAUUUUCAGUAAUGAAAGCUCCACAAUUUUGUUACAAGAACCAGAAAUUUGGUUUUCACCAAAGUCCAUUGGAGAGCUUGAUGUGGCUGCAAUAAAGCUGCAGAAAGUUUACAAGAGUUAUAGGACUAGAAGAAAUUUGGCAGAUUGUGCUGUUGUUUGUGAGGAGCUAUGGUGGAAGGAUUUAGACUUUGCUGCUCCUAAGUCAGAAACAGCUCUUUCAAAAUGGGCAAGAGCUAGGACUAUGGCUGCUAAGGUGGGAAAAGGGUUGUGUAAAGAUGAUAACGCACAGAAUUUAGCUCUUAGACAUUGGCUUGAAGCUAUUGAUCCUCGUCACCGUUAUGGUCACAACUUGCACUUGUACUAUGAUGUUUGGUUUCAUAGCCAGAGUCCACAACCUUUUUUCUAUUGGUUGGAUGUUGGAGAUGGAAAAGAAGUAAAUCUUGAAGAGUGUGUAAGAAGUGAUUUACAGAGGCAGUGCAUAAAAUACCUUGGCCCAAAAGAAAGGGAAGUAUAUGAAGUGACUAUAGAGCAAGGAAAAUUUGUUUACAAGAAAAGCAAAAACCUUGUACACACUUCUGAGGGAUCAAAGUGGAUUUUUGUUCUUAGCUCAUCAAGACUUUUGUAUGUUGGGGAGAAGAAGAAAGGCCAAUUUCAGCACUCAAGUUUUGUAGCUGGGGCUGCUACUAUUUCAUCUGGGAGAUUGGUUGUCCACAAUGGUAUUCUUCAUGCUAUAUGGCCCUAUAGCGGUCAUUAUCGUCCUACAGAAAAGAAUUUUAUGGAAUUCAUUGGCUUUUUGAUGGAACAAAAUGUGGACUUGACAAAUGUAAAGAAGUAUCCAAUUGAUGAUGAUAUCCCACCAGAACCUAUUGUCAUUGGGCUUCAAUUUGAGUCGACAAAGACUAAUAAUGCAACUUCAAUUGACUCAUCCAAAAUGUGCAGCCAAAAUAAUGUGACAACUUCACAACAUAAAGAGUCCAAAUCAUUGUCAAGCAAAUGGACCACUGGAGCUGGUCCUAGAAUUGGUUGUGUUAGGGAAUACCCAACAAAACUCCAAGCAAAGGCACUUGAACAACUCAAUCUAUCACCAAGAGUCAACAAUGGAAAAGUUUUUAAUAGGACACCUAUUCCCUCACCAAGGCCUACUCCAGAUAUCCACUUGUCUCCUAGACUUGUACACAUGGGAAUUCCUAGCCCAAGAAUAAAUGCUACUUCUCACAAUUAAAAUUUUAUUUUUUGGCGGUUAGGUCGCAGAGAAUUUUUAACAUUUACUCAAAAUCGCGACAAAUUUCUUACAUCUAAAUAGGAGUUGAGUUUUGCAACUUCAAUAGAAGCAUGAUCGAUUGGACGCAAGUUUGGAGUUUCUAAUGCAAAACUAAACACAUGUUUAGUAUUAGCAAUAUUUUAUAUUUUCAUAUUAGCAUAUCUUUAGGUUAGACUAUAGGAUUAAGUUUACCACAUAAAAUAUCUAACCCAUUAUUCAUUUUCUUUUCAUUUAGUAUUUUUUAUUCUUGCCCAAUUCUUUUGGUUAUGUAGCAUAUGAUGAAUAAUAAUUUUUCCCCCUCCCUUCAUUUGUUUACCCAAUUGUAUUUUGAGAGUUGGAUCAAUAUUCCAUUCUUGU